CCCUCCGCACCCCCACCUCCGCCCCAACCGCCCCCGUUGCCGUGGUAACGGCGCCCCUCCCCUCCGCCAAAGGGCGGGAAACCGCGCCGCCAUGGGGGACAUCUUUGAGGUGCCGCGGCGCCGCAUCGCUACAGCCCACCUGGCGCAGAACAUCGGGCGGCCCGUCUGCUUCGUGGGCCGCGUCGAGAAGGUUCAUCCGACGGGGAAGCUUUUCGUGCUUUCGGAUGGGGAAGGAAAACAUGCGACUGUGGAGCUGAACGAGCCGUUAGAUGAAGAGAUCUCAGGAGUUAUUGAAGUAGUGGGGAGAGUAACAAAUCAGGCGACCAUCAUGUGUAUGUCAUAUGUCCAGUUCAGAGAAGACAAAAGUCCAUUUGAUCUGGAACUCUACAAUGAAGCACUAAAAAUUAUUCAUGAGUUCCCUGAAUACUUCCCAUUCGGUACUGGGGAGAACAACUGAUUUUUCUUAGCAUAUAUUUAGAGCUUCAGAGGGGACAACAGUACCGUAACUUUUGUACCUGACAGUGUGAUUAACAGUUGCAUUUAUUUCCAACAAAUGAAAAUAUGCUGUUACAUAUGCCAUGUAUUGCCAGUGAAGAAUGUUUUAAUUUGAAAAUGUAUUUAUUCAGCAAGAAGGAGAACACUUCUGUGGGUAUCUCACUCUCUGUAUGUUUUUAACGCUUCGCAUCCCUGAGGAGUGUUCUCUUGCAGGACUGGACUUGCUAGAAGCUGAAGUUUUCUAGACAUCUUAUUGUUGGUAGAGGUUCUAGGAUACUUUACAGAAAACUUGUAUUGAUGACAUUUGGUGGGAUUAUGCUGUAAAGAUUAUUUUUUUUUUGCUUUGAUACAAAUUUAUUGAACAUGGGGAGUGUUUUCCAUCUUCAAAAUGGCCUCUUAUCCAAUAAAAAAGAUCUGACUACAUUUAA